CCCUUGCUGUAGAUUUGAUUGACUGGAAACAUGUCGGUGUGGUGGUGGGAGCGAAGGGAGACGGGGAGUACCUGUACCCAAUCCACACAGCAUCACCUUUAAAAUUAUUAUAUGACGAUGCUUUCAUUUAAUGGAUCCGUUUAUGUUAUUAUUAUGCGUUGGUUUUUUAUUUGAAAUGAAUAAACAACGCUCAAUGGAUUUAUUAGCUGAGGCUUGAUUUUUGUUUGUGUUGUGGAGGUAGCCUACGCUAUCUGCAUAUUGUGUUUGAUGAUAUAGCCCUCAGCAUCAGUACCAGGUUCAAUCAGAAACACCUUGAUGAACCACCACCAGGAAAUACAAGGACUAUUGCAAUGGAGUCGCCUUUCACAUAGAUCACAUCACAUCUCAUCUGUAAACCAAUGUACAUAACAGAAUAUACCACCACGUUUGCUGGCGUUUUGCAGGUCGCUUUAUUACAUGGAGUUUUUUCCACCUUUAUUUUCUGAGUAGAUUUUUUGUUGUUGAAGUACACAUCAAAAAACGACCACUGCUCGCAAGCAAUGGACGAGAAGAAUAUGACAAAAAGCGACGAGCAGCAUCUGAGUUUGCAAAAAGCCUUGCAGCAGUGCGAGUUGGUGCAAAAUAUGAUAGACAUAAGCAUUUCCAGCUUGGAGGGAUUGAGGACCAAAUGUGCCACAUCUAACGACUUGACACAGAAAGAAAUACGAACGCUGGAGGGAAAGCUGGUGAAGUACUUCAGUCGCCAGCUGUCCUGUAAGGUGAGAGUGGCCUUACAGGAGGACACCACUGAGCUACAGGACUUCCCCCGUCUGGGACACUGGUUCCGUAUAGUCAACCUGAGGAAGGAGGUCACUGAGGAGAUGGGUCCAGGCGAUGUGACUCUAGAGGGGCUGUUGGAGAUGAGUGAUGAGGAGGUGUGUGAGGCCAUGGAGAAGUUUGGAGCCAACGACGAGGAGUGUGCCCGGCUCAAUGCCUCUCUGACCUGCCUAAGGAGGGCCCACAAGUCAGAACAACUUGAGGAUGACACAUUGCCCAAUAACGGAGCAGGCAGCCAUGCCAAGCAGGACUGGUCCAUCCAGUGGCCCACCUCCGAGUCCGGCAAGGAGAACACUCCCUUCCCCUCUCCCGAACCCAGCCAGUGGGUCCGCUUCCAGCUCUCCCAAAGCCCGAAGGUCCAGGCCAAGUACAAGCAGCAGCACCACAGCCAAUAUCACAGCCCCCAGGCCUUGCUACCCUAUCCGUACGGCCCCUAUGUCCAGCCAGACCGCCUCACCGUGGACAGCCACCUGGGACUGGGGCCUUCCCCCCCCAUGGACACGGGCCACCGCUCCCUGCCCCCCUCGCCCCGCCAGAGGCACUUUGCCCACACCCCUCCCCGGACUCCUCUGGUGGUCAACAGCAUGACCCCCCCGGGCACGCCCCCCAUGAGGCGCAGGAACAAGGUGAAGGCUCCCGGGACGCCCCCACCCCCCAGCCGAAAGCUCAUCCACCUACUGCCGGGCUUCACGGCGCUGCACCGAUCUAAGUCACACGAGUUCCAGCUGGGAAAUCGCAUAGGUCUGGAAGCAGCUGACACGCAGACACCCAAAGUGAAGCAGAAGAAGUCCAAGCCUCAGCACCUGAAGAUCAACAGUAGUAUGGGGAGCUGUGAGAACCUGCCUACCCAGCGUUCACCCCUACACUCCUCCGACCAUCGCUCCCUCCGUUCCUUUUUCUUCCCCACCUUCAUGCCCUCCACUCCCCCCGUCUACUCCGACGCAAACACUCUCUCAGUGCCUCGCUGGUCCCCACAGAUCCCCCAGAGAGACCUGGGAAACUCCAUAAAACACAGGUUUUCCACCAAGUAUUGGAUGUCUCAGACAUGCAUAGUAUGUGGAAAAGGAAUGUUGUUUGGACUCAAAUGUAAAAACUGCAAGCUGAAGUGUCACAACAAAUGCACCAAAGAAGCCCCGCCUUGCCAUUUGCUGAUCAUCCAGCGAGGAGGGAGUAACCCCCUCAAAGGUGCGACAGACCACCAAGGAAAUCAAGCUCGUUUGGUACGGACUGAAUCGGUCCCAUGUGACAUCAACAACCCCCUCAGGUACACAGACCUGCACAUCAGUCAGACGCUGCCCAAAACCAGCAAAAUCAACAAGGAUCCCAUCCCUGUCCCGUACCAGCCAGACUCCAGUAGUAACCCCUCCUCCACCACCUCCUCCACUCCUUCCUCCCCCGUUCCCCCCCUCCCCUCCAGUGCCACCCCUCCCUCCCCCCUGCACCCCUCCCCACAAUCGGCACGGCUACAGAAACAGUUCAAUUUAACAGCCUCUUCUUACUUCAAAUACAAGCAGCAGUUCAUCUUCCCAGAUGUGGCCCUGGCCCCAGAGGCCCCCAGCAGGGCACCCCAGGUCAUCCUGCACCCUGUCCUGUCUGAGCCGGGAGUCGAGAUGAACCCUUUAAACCCUUUACUACAGAUUGAAGUGGAACCUACAUCAGACAACGAUGAGGUGGAGGAUUCGGAGGAUGAAUUUGAGGAGAUGAACCUGUCUCUGCUGUCGGCCCGUAACUUCCCCCGCAAGGCCAGCCAGACAUCCAUCUUCCUCCAGGAGUGGGACAUCCCCUUCAAACAGCUGGAGAUAGGAGAGCUCAUCGGGAAAGGUCGCUUUGGCCUGGUGUUCCACGGGCGCUGGCAUGGUGAGGUGGCCAUCCGCCUCAUCGACAUCGAGCAGGACAACGAGGACCAGCUGAAGGCCUUCAAGCGGGAGGUGAUGGCCUACCGUAACACCCGACAUGAGAACGUAGUCCUCUUUAUGGGUGUCUGCAUGAGCCCCCCACACCUGGCCAUCAUCACCAGCUUGUGUAAGGGAAGGACCCUGUAUUCGGUGGUCAGGGAUGCCAAAGUCAUCCUGGAUGUCAACAAGACCAGACAGAUCGCCCAGGAGAUGGUUAAGGGAAUGGGCUAUCUUCACGCCAAGGGGAUCCUACACAAGGACAUGAAGUCCAAGAAUGUUUUCUAUGACAACGGCAAAGUGGUCAUCACCGACUUUGGACUCUUCACCAUAUCUGGGGUUCUGCAAGCCGGCAGCCGUAGAGAGGACAAGCUGAGGAUCCCCAGUGGGUGGUUGUGUCACCUGGCCCCUGAAAUAGUCUCUCAGCUCUCCCCGGAAACAGAGGAGGACAAGCUGCCUUUCUCCAAACAGUCAGAUGUCUUUGCUUUCGGCACUAUCUGGUACGAGUUGCAUGCACGUGAGUGGCCUUAUAAGAACCAGCCAGCAGAAGUUAUCAUCUGGCAGGUGGGCAGCGGAAUGAAACCCAAUCUCACACAGAUCGGCAUGGGCAAAGAGAUAUCGGACAUCCUGCUCUUCUGCUGGGCGUUCGAGCAAGAGGAGAGGCCCAGCUUCUCCAAGCUGGUGGAUCUGCUGGAAAAGUUGCCAAAACGGAACCGCCGCCUUUCCCACCCAGGGCACUUCUGGAAGUCAGCUGAGUAUGUCAAAUGA